GUGUCUCUGUUCGGUGUUGUUCAGUGUUGUUUAGGUUUGCGUUUAAAGCCGUCAACCACGUCGACUGAUUUUUCAUUUUUAAAUGCUUUUUUAAAGGAAAAAAGCAAAAUAGUUUAGUGAAAGUUUGAAAGAAAAUUGACAAUUAAAUGUCUGAAUUUUCGUUAUUGUUUUGAAAUUUUUUCCUCAACGGGAAUUUAAAUAAAAAAUCAUUUUUAUAACAAACUGUGUUGUAUUAAACUCACCGGGGGCGUCAAUUUUUGAGGUUACUUUUCUCUAUUUUACCAGCCACGUCACAUAAUCUGAAUAAAAAUGGUUGCUGUUGAGUCAAUGGCGAGAUAUGUCUCACCGAUAAAUCCAUCAAUAUUUCCACUACUCGCCCUAGUUUUAUUAGGAAUUGGAAUUUUUUUCACAGCCUGGUUCUUUGUUUACGAAGUAACGAGUACAAAAUUCACGAGAGACAUUUUCAAAGAACUAUUAGUUUCUUUAGUCGCUGCAAUAUUUUCCGGCUUUGGUGUUUUGUUCCUUCUUUUAUGGGUCGGCAUUUAUGUAUAGUUGAAUUCUGAUAAAAAAGGCGUUUAAUUCGAGAUGAAAAAUUACACAAGAUCUUUAAGAUACACUCUGUACAGAAAAUGAAACUAAUGUCAUUCCUAUGUUAAAUGUAUGUUAUUUCACGACGUUUUUUAUAUAAUAAAUGAGACUAAAGAGAGUUUUAAAAGAAAA